GCUAAUGUUCUCCUUACCUGAGGUUCGCUUUUCACGGUGUUUAUAUAAAGUAUUAAACAUCUGAUAGAUAUUGAGUUAUAAUACUAUAUGCUUUCUCUAAAAUAAAUUUAGUUUUAUUGUAGCUCUCCGAUUAUAGAGAGACCCGUUGUUUUAUAAUGGGGAUCAUAUCUUUUAAAAACACGUAUGAAAAAGUCCCGUAAUUAUUUUUACAUAAAUAAGCGUUAUGUGGUAUUCAUCACUUAGAAAUGCGAUAUAUAUAUAAGGACAUAUGACUGAGAUAAAUGUUUUUUUAAACAACGAAGAGACAAGUGAAAUGAUGCGGAUUUUAAGUGUAUUCAUCCUGAAAGCUCGACUGUUUUCUCCAACGAUCGGAUCCGGCACGUAAAAAUGCAUCACGUCAAAAUCAGGCUACCUCGAGUGUGCCUGGAUCAGAUUUUUAAAGUUUUCCUUUUCGUUGGUGUUCGAUCGAACCAAGUCCGUGACAUUUCGACACGCCAAGUUCACGCCAAUGUGGAUUUCGCUGUCCGAGGUACUGAAAUUCGCUUUUCCAGAGACAUAUCACAUGACUGCUCUGCUUCUCUCAAUACUGUAAGCUCUGGAUUCUGUUAAGACUUUAGCAAGAGAACGACAAGCCACCCAGCAAAUUAUUCUGCUCAGUGGCACGGUUGUACUGCAAUUGUGAGCGUUAUGAUCUGGCCAGAGAUGUGGAAUUUGGAAAUUCAGCCAAUUCAAGUCUCAUAUUUUGGAUGGUAGAAUCAUUUUUUUUUCCCAGUGGCGUGAUUCCAGUGGAUGGGUACGGCAGGCUAUAGUUUCCUGCUAAUUAAGAAAGUGCACAUCUAUUUGGAGAUCUGACACGGAGAAGAUGUAAGGAUCAACAAGCCUUUUUCCCCAGUGGCUCCAGAACAAAAAUGCAGAAAGGAAUUCGACUUAAUGAUGGCCAUGUCACCUACCUGGGUCUUUUGGCAAAGAAGGACGGCACGAGGCGAGGAUGUUUGAGCAAGAAGAGCUCGGACAACACAAAAUGGCACACCAAAUGGUUCGCUUUGCUGCAGAAUAUGUUGUUUUAUUUUGAGAACGAUUCCAGCUCUCGGCCCUCAGGAUUAUACCUGUUGGAAGGAUGCGUUUGUGACAGGGCACCGUCGCCGAAACCGUCUCUCUCAGCCAAGGAAUGUUUAGAAAAACAGUACUACUUCACUGUUAACUUCAACCACGACAACCAGAAGGCACUGGAGCUGCGCACGGAGGAUGUGAAAGACUGUGAUGAAUGGGUGGCAGCAAUAACACACGCAAGUUACAGAAACCUCGCCACAGAGCAUGAGACCCUCAUGCAGAAGUAUCUCCAUUUACUCCAGAUUGUGGAGACUGAGAAAACAGUUGCUAAGCAACUUCGACAACAGAUUGAGGAUGGGGAAAUAGAGAUUGAACGCCUAAAAUCUGAGAUUGCGGGUUUGCUCAAAGACAAUGAAAGGAUUCAGUCCAAUCCAACAGCUGCCCCAAGCGACGAUGACUCCGAUAUCAAGAAAAUCAAAAAGGUGCAGAGUUUCCUGAGGGGCUGGAUGUGCCGCAGGAAGUGGAAGACCAUUAUCCAGGACUACAUCCGCUCGCCCCACGCGGAGAGCAUGCGCAAGAGGAACCAGGUAGUCUUCAGCAUGCUGGAGGCCGAGGCAGAGUACGUCCAGCAGCUGCACAUCCUGGUCAACAACUUCCUGCGGCCCCUGCGCAUGGCCGCCAGCUCCAAGAAGCCACCUAUUACCCACGAUGACGUCAGCAGCAUCUUCCUGAACAGUGAAACCAUCAUGUUUUUACACCAGAUCUUCUACCAGGGGCUGAAGGCGAGGAUAGCAAGCUGGCCAACAUUAGUGCUAGCUGACCUCUUCGACAUCCUGCUGCCCAUGCUGAACAUCUACCAGGAGUUUGUGAGAAACCACCAGUACAGCCUCCAGAUCCUGGCACAUUGCAAGCAAAACCGGGACUUUGACAAGCUGCUGAAGCAGUACGAGGCCAAGCCAGACUGCGAGGAGCGCACACUGGAGACCUUCCUCACCUACCCCAUGUUCCAGAUUCCACGCUACAUCCUGACCCUGCACGAGCUGCUGGCUCACACCCCACACGAGCACGUGGAGCGCAACAGCCUGGAGUACGCCAAGUCAAAGCUGGAGGAGCUGUCCAGAAUCAUGCACGACGAAGUGAGUGAGACAGAGAACAUAAGGAAGAACCUGGCCAUUGAGCGAAUGAUUGUGGAGGGAUGUGAGAUUCUGCUAGAUACCAGCCAGACAUUUGUUAGACAAGGUUCACUCAUCCAAGUGCCAAUGAGUGAGAAGGGCAAAAUCACUAGAGGGCGUCUGGGGUCUCUUUCUCUGAAGAAGGAAGGGGAGAGGCAGUGCUUUCUGUUUUCCAAACACUUAAUCAUCUGCACCAGGGGCUCUGGAGGAAAAUUACACCUGACAAAGAAUGGCGUGAUCUCACUGAUUGACUGCACUCUAAUGGAGGAACCAGAGGGGACAGAUGAUGAGUCAAAACCCGAUAAGAGCGGGCAGGACAUGGAGCACUUGGAUUUUAAAAUCGUCGUUGAGCCAAAAGACACCCAGUCCUUCACUGUCAUUCUUGUGGCUUCAUCUCGCCAGGAGAAGUCAGCGUGGACGAGCGACAUCAGCCAGUGCAUCGAUAAUAUCCGCUGUAACGGUUUGAUGAUGAACGCCUUUGAAGAGAACUCGAAAGUCACAGUGCCGCAAAUGAUCAAGUCUGAUGCCAGCCUGUACUGCGACGACGUGGACAUCCGCUUCAGCAAGAUGAUGAACUCCUGCAAGGUGCUGCAGAUCCGCUACGCCAGCGUGGAGAGGCUGCUGGAGCGCCUGACCGACCUGCGGUUCCUCAGCAUCGACUUCCUCAACACCUUCCUGCACUCCUACCGGGUGUUCACCACAGCCGACGUGGUGCUGGACAAGCUCAUCACCAUCUACAAGAAGCCUAUCAGUGCAAUCCCAGCAAGGUCUCUGGAGCUGUUUUUUGCCAGCAGUCAGAACAACAAGCUGCUGUACGGAGAGCCUCCGAAAUCCCCCCGGGCCAGUCGCAAGUUUUCCUCGCCUCCCCCGCUCUCCAUCACCAAAUCCUCCUCUCCAAACCGCCGCCGGAAACUCUCCCUUAACAUCCCCAUCAUCACCGGGGGCAAAGCUCUGGACCUGGCAGCCCUCAGCUGCUCCUCCAAUGGCUAUGCAAGCAUGUACUCUUCCAUGUCCCCCUUCAGCAAGACCACCCUGGACAUCAACAAGCUCUACGUGUCCAGCUCCAUCCCCAACAAGAUCCCCGACGAGGCCGACGGCAAAACCGACAAGCCAGAGGAGUCCUCCCUGAGCAAGCAAGACACCUCUGUGAGGGAGGAGUGUGACACUGACCAAACCCAAAGUGACGAGGCAGAAACGGAGACAUCGCCAACGAAGUCCCCAACUACCCCAAAAAAUGUUAAAUGCAAAAAUUCCCCAGACUUUUCCUUGUUCUCCUACAACAACGGCGUGGUGGUGAUGUCUUGCCGGGAGAUUGACAAUAACCGCAGCGCGCUAUCAGCUGCUUCUGCCUUCGCCAUUGCCACUGCUGGCGCCAACGAGGGCACGCCCACCAAGGAGAAGUACAGACGCAUGUCCCUGGCCAGCACAGGGUUUCCUACGGACCAGAGGAAUGGAGACAAGGAGUUUGUUAUCCGAAGGGCCGCAACCAACCGUGUUCUGAAUGUGUUGAGACACUGGGUGUCCAAACACUCACAGGACUUUGAGGCCAACACUGAUCUGAAGCAGAAGGUGAUCAGUUUCCUGGAGGAAGUGAUUCAUGACCCUGAGCUGCUGACCCAGGAGAGGAAAGCCGCAGCCAACAUCAUCAGAACUCUGACCCAGGAUGACCCAGGGGACAAUCAGAUCACGCUGGAAGAGGUGAUACAGAUGGCUGAGGGAGGGAAGCCUGAGCCCUUUGAGAGCCACUCUGCCCUGGAGGUCGCGGAGCAGCUCACUCUACUGGACCACCUGGUGUUCAAGAUGAUCCCCUAUGAGGAGUUCUUUGGGCAAGGUUGGAUGAAACCAGACAAAAAUGAGAGGACUCCAUAUAUCAUGAAAACAACCAAACACUUCAAUGAUAUCAGCAACCUGAUCGCUUCGGAGAUCCUGCGCUCCGAGGACGUGAACAUGCGGGUGGCCGUGAUCGAGAAGUGGGUGGCCGUGGCUGAUAUCUGCCGCUGUCUCCACAACUACAACGCUGUGCUGGAGGUCACCUCCUCGCUCAAUCGCAGCUCCAUCUUCCGCCUCAAGAAGACCUGGCUCAAGGUCUCCAAGCAGACCAAGGCUCUGACCGACAAACUGCAGAAGCUGGUUUCAUCCGAGGGCAGGUUUAAAAACCUCAGGGAGGCUUUGAAGAACUGUGACCCUCCCUGUGUUCCUUACCUGGGCAUGUAUCUCACAGACCUAGCCUUCAUCGAGGAAGGGACUCCCAACUACACUGAGGACAACUUGGUCAACUUCUCUAAGAUGAGGAUGAUUUCCCAUAUCAUUAGAGAAAUCAGACAGUUCCAACAAACAGCCUACAAAAUUGAUCACCAGCCUAAGGUGACACAGUACUUACUGGACAAUAGCUUCGUUCUGGAUGAAGAAAGCCUGUAUGAAGCCUCUCUCAGAAUAGAGCCAAAAAUACCAGCCUGAAGAGGAACAUGAGGCCCACAGACUGUACAAAUACUAUAUUAUAUGUACAUAGGCUAUUAUUUGUAUUAGAUAACCUUAGACAUAUCCUUCUAGUAUGUGUUGCUGAAAGGAACAGUGUAUCCUUGUUAUUAGAAGUUAACUAGAAGCCUAAUGAGAAUUUAUAUGUAAAGAUAAAAGUUUUUCGGGGGGAGGGAAUAUAUUUAGAAGCUUAUUUGUUAUUUAUUGUUGUUUUUUUGUCUGCAUUUGAUCAUACAAUCCAGUUAUUUUCUACAACAAUAAAAAGGAAGAUUAAAGGAAACAAAUGACAGCAGUUAUUACUGGGUACCCAGCUGUGCAUUGUUAAAUCUUACUGAUGGGUGGCAUGUGUAAAGGUGUAUUUUAAUACUAUACCAUUAAAAAAUAUUUCAAAAUUAUUUUUAAAUCAAGUUCUUUAUAUAGAGUCAAAUCCUGCACUUCCAGUAAGAUUCAAUAAGAGCAGAUAAAUACUUAUUUAGGGGAGAAACAUUUACUUAUUUUCAUUAUUAGCUAGUGCAAAAAUAUGUAGCAAUGUAAAAAAUAGGAAUCAAAUAUUAAUAUAAAACUAUAACUAAUAUACUAUAUAUAUUAUAACUAACACAUAAAUGUGGUAGUCUAAACCAUGAAGCUUUGUUAAUCUAAUAUGGGGACAGGACAGUCAAGUUUCCCAUAAAACAAAAACAUUGUUUAGUUUUGUUUGCUUUUUAGUGCUGAUUAAUGUUUAAAGCCAGCAUCAAUGAUAAAAAAACAAUGUUUUAUUUGUAUUGCUUGAGCCAGAUCUGUCUCAGCUGGCCGUGAUUACACAUUGCAGGAUCUCUAUUUAGUAGUAAAUUGAUGGCUUUGGCAGCAGUACCCAUUCUUAAAUAUCAGAUUUCCCCUUUGUUCUAGAUAGGUAAUAUGACAGACAUCACACGUGAGUAGUCAGAAUCUUGUUAAUUGCAGAUAUACUGUAUUAUUUCCAGGUGCUCCUUUGACAAUGGCUUUGGGCAUUUAUAUUUUGUUUCAGAACAGGGGUCCCAGAUCCUGGAAGCCCACACACCUGCUGGUUUUUAUUUCAGUCCACCUUCGUUACCUAAUUUAAGCCUUAGUUGAAUUAUCACAUUUGACAUUCAAGAUCUCGUGUUACUUGUGAAAAACAAUAGUUAAAAUGCAACUUCCAACAUGUUGAAGAGCUGAAAUCAGUCAAACAGUUCAAAUUAAUCCUAUUAUUAAGUCAAUUAAGGGUUGAUUGGGUAACUGAGAGCUGGGCUGCAACAGAAACCAGAUGGUACUGUAUGUAGUUCUGGUUCUGGGAACAGAAUUGGGAAGCCAUGUUCUACAACACAGGCAGUUGACCCUUCAAGCUGUCCAGUCCUUCUUACUGGAGAGAAUAGAUCAUCACUGAAUUACCUGUCAUUAUAGAACUAAGUAGUAAUCCAUUUAAUUGCUUAGAAAGCUAUUGAACUCUGAUAUAUGGCAGUAAUAGGUAUUACUUAAGUUAAAGUUAUAAAGUUACAAAGUUAUCUGAAGGAAAAAAGGAACAGUAAAAAGACAAAUUAUAAGGUUUGCUAAUUCAAGUUGUUUGAAUAAUGUUUUUAUUGCCAUGUGUAAGGCAAUUUCUGCAGUCCCUGGGAUUGAAGGAGGUCUUUGCUUAAGCCUUCAGAAUUAUUCUGUGAGAUAUAAACAAGUUUUCACUCAAACCAAUCCAGUACAAUCCAGUAUUAUUCUCUUAUGUUCGUGUUCUUGUUGUUGUUGAUAUUGUGAGUGUUGGUCACCAUAAUCUUUGGAGAACCUUCCUAUGAUCUUCCUAUGAUGAUGUGUGAGCUGGAAUAAGGGGCUCCAAUCCUAAAAGGCAAAUUUUACAAAUACAUUUGGAAAAAAACUAUUUUAAAUGAAUUUAAUUAAAUUAACAUAAGAAAAUAUGGGAAUAGUGGAUAAAGAUGCAGUAUUUCUUGUUUUGGCAAUAAAAUCGACAGAAAUAACAUAUUUUCUACAAGGAUCUUUGUAUUCUGAGGGCAGAGUGAAAAAGGUGUAGUGUAUAUUUCUGGAGUUCAGUCCUCAUUGUUAAGAAGCCCCUUGUUUUCUUUCAGAGAUGAUUUUGAGACAAGAUGGCCAAAUACUAAAGAGCACAGAGUGUGGUAACACUUGAUUCUUGUCUCACACCCUGAAACUGUCAGCAAAGUAACUUACAGGUUACAGAACUGUCUUGUGCUCUGCCUUUCAAAUGAGACUUGAGACUGGAGUCCCAUUGUCAAAGACUCUGCAGCAGUACUUUGUAAUCACAUGCAGUGGCUAAGUGGACUUAGACAAACGUGUGUGCUAAAUAAAUUAUAUUAUUGUUCUACACUGCAAUGGACUGGUGUACCAUUCAAGAGGUCUUCUUUCCUGCAUCUGUUGUCUGCCAGGGUAUGUUAUCAUGACCCUACACUGAACUAAGCAGUUAUAGAUGAUGAGUGGAUUAUUAUUGUAGAUUGCACUGAGAAGAUAUGAUAAUAAAUCAACAUUAGAAUAUACGUUAAAGGAAAAGUGCUGCAGUUGAUAUGAAGAAAAAUAACGUGAAUUAAUAAUACUGUAUAUUUUAAUGAACACCUCUUUUCUUCCUAACUGUAGAACAUUAUCAUUGUCAUAUGGAUUAUUGUACAGUAUAAAGAAAAUGUAUAUGCUUUUCAGCUUGCAGCAUUUUAAAACGUAAUUUUGUAAUAGAGCUUAAAGCAAAAGUCUUGGAAAAACUGAAGGGAUACUGCAUCUUUGAGUAUUUUUUGUAGAAUCUUUCCAGUUCACUUAAAGGAAUCGUAUGCUGUAUAUUUUCUACAUACAGCACUAUAUAUUUCUUAAUGUGUACCAGUGUGAAGCACACUUCUUUACAACAUUACAUGCUGAAGACAAGCUUAGUUAAAUAAAAAUGCUAAAGAAUUUGUGAUUAAGUACCACAAUGUAGACGUAGAGGACAACUUUCAAGUGUUUUACAUAUACUGUAAUCCUGUCUAUAACAAACUUUUUUAGCAGGAAUAUAGUAAUGUAGUGCUUAUUCUGUGAAUAUUUGUAUGUAUUUUUACAAUGUACAGUACAGAUACAAUACAGCUAACACUCCAGUGGCAGGCAUGCUUCACUAUAUCUACCAGAGGUUUAAAGAAAAAGAAAUAAUCUAAUUAUAUAUAAGAGAACAAAGACAAACGUUUUGCUGUGAGCAAUAUCCAGUGGUAUGAGAAUUAUCUUUCAAUCCUUAAAACUUAUUUCCACUUACAGCUCGCAAAAUAUUUCCAGUUUUGUAUAAAAAUGUAUGUUUCCUGAUUACCUCUUGCUAAUAAAUCUACUUUAUCUCAGGGGGAAAGUUGUCUUUGUGAGUGUUUUAUUUUGCAUUUCUCUCCCAUCGCAGAACCUUUUGAUAAGAGGAAGCCAAGGAAAUAUGAGUCAUCCUUGCUAGAUUGUUCGACAUAUCUCAAGCUUUCAUUGUCUAGCGGUUUCCUGCAAAGUUUUCAUUCCAGAAUUAUGGAUUGCACUGUUGCUGAAACCUUUUUCUCAUUGUAGCCUUUUGUCCAUUCUAAGUUGUGAAAUACUUUUGCCUGUCAUAAGCCUUAUGAGUUUGGAUGGAUACAAAGGUGAAUUGUGCGAGUGCAAAAACGCUGAUUUCAAAGAGAUUUGAGUUUGAUGUUGAGGAACUGGGUGGAAUUUGAAAAUCUGGAUCUAACACACACACACAAAUCCCUCAAAUCCACUGGAACUCUAACACUGAGACACUUUGUUCUAAAUUCCAUAAAUCUGUACAAUAUAUAGUAACUAUAUACUGAGAGCUUGUCAGAUAAUUAUUUGUUGUUCUUUGGUAACCUGCACAUGAGGCUGGAAGGAUGGAGAGAAACCUAUUGCACCUCUGAAAUUAAUGUUCACAAUUUGACUGUCAUGUUCCACAAUAUAACAUUUUGAUUGCAACACUAAUGAUGGACAUGAUUAAUAUAAUAAUAAGCGUUUCAAGCAAAAACUUGUUCUUUACAGAAGGAAAUGUAUAUCUGAUGAAGUAUCAUGGAGUUACUGAUACUGCUGUAAUACUGUUGUACUGUACCUCCUCUUUCAGACCUGUCAACUGCUGGCAGAAAUAAUAAAGUGACUGUGCUUACUU